CCUGAAGACAUAAAAAACCUCAAGCGGAAACAUAACAACAACAACAACAAUAAUAUGGAUUCUAUAGUCAGCACCAAUGGUUCUUCUUCAUCUUCACAUGGCACUAUCCCUUUUCAAGUCAACCUUAGCUGCUCCAAUGAAACAAGAACAGAGUUGGACUUUUUUAAGGACAAUAACAAUGAUCAUCACAAGGUUGUCUCUCACAAUGAUCUUAACAACACACCAUCUUUCAUGGAAUUCCAAGUAAACACUGGACUCAAUCUUCUUACUACCAACACUAGUAGUGAUCAAUCUAUGGUGGAUGAUGAUAUGUCACCUAAUUCAUAUGACAAAAAAACUAAGGAUGAGUGCCUUAUUCUUCAAGGUGACCUCGAUCGAGUCAAAAUGGAGAAUCGUCGAUUGACGCUGAUGCUCGAUCAGCUUAAAGCAGAUUACACAGCCCUGCAGAUGCAUAUGGCAAAUUUGAUGCAAGAAAAAAAAGCUGAAGAACAAGAAGUGUUUGAUGGAAAAUUUGAAGAGAAAAAGAAAGUUGAGAAUAGUGGAGUAUUGAUGCCAAGACAAUUUAUGGAUCUUGGAUUGGCUGCUAAUGCUGAGGUCGAUGAUCCGGCUUCUCCAUCGNNCGGAAGAAGCCGUGAUCAAUUAGGAUCGCCGACGAAUGUAGAAGUGGCUUCCAUGGAAGAAGGCAUAAUUAAGAAUGAGAAUGUUGGUGUUGAAGAGAAGAAAGAAAUUGAAAGACACAAUUUUAGUCCUCCAAAGAAUGUUAAUGUUGAUCAAGUUGAGGCUACAAUGAGGAAAGCAAGAGUUUCUGUUAGAGCUAGAUCAGAUGCACCCAUUAUUAGUGAUGGAUGUCAAUGGAGAAAGUAUGGACAAAAAAUGGCGAAAGGAAAUCCAUGUCCUCGAGCUUAUUAUCGGUGUACUAUGUCUUCUGCUUGUCCGGUUCGAAAACAGGUACAAAGAUGUGCUGAAGACAGAACAGUCCUAAUAACAACAUAUGAAGGAAAUCACAACCAUGCAUUACCACCAGCAGCAAGAGGAAUGGUAGAAACAACAUCAUCAGCAGCAACAAUGCUACUUUCAGGAUCAACAUCAAGCACUGAUCAUGGAUUAAUGAAUCCAAAUUUCCUAACAAGAACAUUCCUUCCUUGUUCUUCAACUAUGGCAACUAUUUCAGCAUCAGCUCCAUUCCCAACUAUUACACUUGACCUUACACAAUCUCCAAAUCCUCUUCAGUUACAAAAUUUUGCCAAUUCCUCUGCUCCUUCAUUAAUUCCUCAGAUUUUUGGUCAGGUACCUAAUAAUUUUCAACAAUCAAAAUUCUCUGGCCUACAAUUGUCACAAAAUUCAAUUGAUUCUUCACAUUUGGCUUCAAUACCAAACCUUGCUGAUUUUAGUGCUGCCAUUACUAAGGAUCCAAAUUUCACUGCUGCUUUGGCUGUUGCUAUUACUUCAAUUUUUGGUGGUGUUCAACAAAACAACAACACUAAUGAUAAUAAUAACAAUGUCACAUCAUGCAACAACAAUGGUAAUGUCACAAGUGGCAACAAUAAUAAUAAUGGGAAGCAAUAAAAUCAUAAUUUUUAGUCUCUUGGAGUAUUAUUGCAAUUACAAGAGCCACCCUUCAAUUUUUUUUUAUGAGAUUUAUUUUCUUUAUUUAGGCUCAAUGAUUUAGUUGAAUUUAUUAUACCCUUUUUUUUUGUUCAUCUAUUUUUUUUCUUAUUUGGGAUUCAGGAAAGUACGCAUAUUUUUACUUGAAUCAUGUAGUUUUUCUUUGGAUGAAGACUUACUAUUAGAUUUUAUACGAUCCAUUAGUGUACUGAAAAUUGUGUACUCAAAACAAUAGAAAAUUUAUUUAUAUACAAAAAUAGUCAGAUUAUUUCCCCAAUUUUUU